AUGUGGCAUCCAAUCUCCUGGACACCACGUGCCCAGUGGUCACCAAACCACUUAAAGCUAGUCACUGUCUAUGUCCUGAUGCUCUUGGUGUCACUCAGCUUUGCCUCGGGACAGAGCAGGCCAUUUAAACACCAGAUAGACAACAGAAGUCCUGAGAUUGACCCCUUUUGGUAUGUGGGCCGUGGCGUUCGCCCCAUCGGUCGCUUUGGGAAGAGGCAGCUGAGAAGCAGCAGUGGCAGCCUGAGGCCUGUGAGCAGACACCUGGAUUUCAUCUUGAAUGCUUUGUGGGAGCAAAAGUCCUUGGACACAGAGGACAGUGACUGGUGAUCUCUGUUCCCCAAGGUGGCAACCCAACUUCUGUUCUUU